UGUGGGUGUGGAGAUGGCCAUGCUGGGUGUUCGUCUGGCGAUGCUGUCAAGCAAUGCAGGGAAUGGGUAGCGAGGUGUAGUUUCUGGUUUCAAUUUGGUUAGAUAAUGAGUGCGUUCGGUGGAGACGAAUGCGGUCGUGUGCGCCGAAUAUUUGCGAGAUUUCUGGGCUGGUCUUAUCGUGCCUCGCUGGGGCUGACAGCGGUGUCGCCAACCUCGUGUCAAUAUCAAACAAUCACGAAACUUCGAUAAGAUUAAAAAUAAUAGCGACUCCAGUGCACUUCCUUGUUUUAGUUGUUUCCCAGUCAAACGCUACAAGUCUCGGUUGACAGGAAAGGUUCUUAGCUGCACUUCAACCGAUCUGUGAGAGUCGCGGUCACAGCGAGGAGCAAUUACGGUAAUACUGUAGACACUAGAGCGCUUCUACUACAGUGAAGCUUUUGAGCGGAAUUAGCUUUGCACGCGGACAGUCGGAGUCUACUUCCGUCCCUCACGAUGCCGUCUACCGAGAUCGUGAACGUGUCCGAGUAUGAGGAACUAGCGCGACAGAAGCUGCCAAAGAUGGUGUACGAUUAUUACGCCUCCGGCGCUGAGGACCAAUGGACUUUGAAGGAGAAUCGUAGCGCUUUCGAGCGCAUCAGAUUUCGUCCCCGCAUUCUUAUCGAUGUCACCAAAGUCGAUCUGAGCACCAAUGUCUUGGGGUUCAACAUCUCUAUGCCCAUCAUGGUUGCUCCCACUGCCAUGCAAAGGAUGGCUCACCCCGACGGCGAAUUGGCUACUGCCAGGGCCACCGCUAAGGCCGGCACAAUCAUGACGCUCUCCUCAUGGUCUACCAGCAGCGUGGAAGAGGUUGCCUCCGUCGGCCCCGGCAUCCGCUUCUUCCAGCUCUACGUCUACAAGGACAGGAAUGUUGUGGCCCAGCUUGUGCGCCGUGCCGAGAGGGCGGGCUUCAAUGCCAUAGCGCUCACAGUCGACACUCCUCGUCUCGGACGCCGAGAGUCUGACAUCAAGAACAGAUUCGCCUUGCCGAAACACCUCACCCUCGCCAACUUUGAGGGGCUGGACCUUGGACAGAUGGACAAGACCCAGGAUUCCGGAUUGGCUUCCUACGUCGCCGGUCAAAUCGACAGGUCUCUGAGCUGGAAGGACGUGAAAUGGUUGCAAUCGAUCACCGAGCUCCCUAUCCUCGUCAAGGGAGUCAUCACCGCCGAAGACACCAAGCUUGCAAUUCAAAACGGCGCAGCCGGCAUCAUAGUGUCAAAUCACGGAGCCAGACAGCUCGAUCACGUCUCGGCAACGAUCUCAGCUCUUGAGGAGGUCGUGCAAGCCGCAGCCGGUAGAUUACCCGUGUUUCUGGACGGAGGCGUGCGUCGCGGGACCGACGUACUCAAGGCGCUCGCUCUCGGCGCAUCUGGCGUUUUCAUUGGAAGGCCCGUAGUAUUUGGGCUCGCAUGCGACGGCCAGCAAGGAGUCGAGAAGGUCCUGCAGAUGCUACGAGACGAAUUUGAGUUGGCCAUGGCGCUCGCGGGCUGCACGAAGGUCUCAGACAUCAGCCGAGCUCACGUUCAGACCGAGGUGGAGAGGUUUCACGCAAAGCUGUGA